AUGGAAACUGUGUGGAACAAUCCGGCGAAUUCUACACUUCCGGUCCCGACUAACCGAGAACUAACCGUAAGCCUCAUCGGAUCGAUAGCUCGUUUCACACUCGAUGUACCGUGCGUCCUUUUGGGACCGGAAGAAAUCACUUCUCGGCGACUGCUCAUUUGGCUGUAUCCCAUAGUCGAUAAGCUGGGAAAACUGAUCGAACGAAUCCGACACGUUUGUCAACAUCCACAACAAAUAUCUAUUGCUCCGAGGCACCAUCCCCAGCACCGGAGCAUCGUGAAGGGUUCCUCGACUCGUGACAGUGGCAUUCAGCAUCCGAUACGGCUGACACCGGCGUUGAGUAGGGAGAACACGGUUUCGAAUGCGGCGUCGAGUUUCCCGGUCCCUGAAGCGCCGGACAACGCGCUCCGAAAGGUUUACAUCCAAAGGGAUGGUAAUUACGCGAUUCGCGAAACCACCGACAUGCGCGGGGCGAACGGCACCUUUCAGCGAGUUACGAAAACUAUCAGCGGGCCAGACGUUGCAAUUCUGACGGGCAUCACGAGCCAACUGUCGGCACUUCCGUCGUUGAGCCCGGUGUGA